AUGGGAUCGCUGGAACCAAGAUCUGAGGAGCAUGGGACGGCUUCAGGAACGGUGCAUUUGAAAUUCCAAACGAUGAUCCUUUUCCAAACCAGAGGAGCUGAAGGUGGUCGUCAAGAAGGACGUUCAACGGAGACGCCGGCGCAUCUUCGUCUUCUCAACUUGUUCAGAAGCUCCGUCGUCGUGGAUCGGAGCAGCUUACAGACCCGAGAGGACGUGGCGCAGCACGUCGUGCGACACUUCUCCGAUGUCCGGUGCGAGCGGCUGGUCGGGUGGGUCGGCCAUGUUUUAGGAGAGCUGUGGGACUUCAUCCAGCCGGGAGAUCGCCGGACGGUGGUGGGACCCGACGAGUCUCUGGUGGUAGUGUCGACUACCACCUUGACUUAUCAGGCGCUCAGGGACGAGGAGUGGGGGGUUGCCGGCGCCGAUGAUAUGACUGACGCUUUGGAGGAGCAGUUGGUGGAGUUUUUUCUCGCGGAGACAGAGGAUUUGGCUGCCGGCGAUUCUCUGUUUGCUUAUGAGCCGCCGCCGGCUCCUGCAUCAAAGGCUUCGGUGGAUGCCUUGGAGAGGAAGAAGGUCGACGACCAGGAGGAGGAGAUUUCUGAGCAGAAGAUGUGCGUGGUUUGCCAGGAUGAAGUUGGCAGAGGAGACUGCUUAGCUAAGAUGCCUUGCUCCCACGAGUUUCAUGAAGGCUGCAUCUUGGCAUGGCUUAAACGAGCGCAUUCUUGCCCAGUCUGUCGCUUAGAGCUGCCCGUUGACGAUGACUCGUGA